AUGAGACGACUAUCGCCAUCGAAAGGAUUAAAAAACUUCGCAAACACACCAACACAAACCGCACUCGCCGGCGAGUGCGGCAAACAUAUACUAGGUUCCGCCACGUACCUGGCAGGUUCUCCCCAGUUCAAGAUAGAAGCGUUGCUGGAGUUUCUUCCGCCACUUCUUCUCCCAGCGCCAACGCUUUACGAAGUGGUAGUAACGAUAGCUCUAGAGAUCCCCCCAGUCAGA